GUAUCAUAUAUAUAUAUAUAUAUAGCGGGCAGAUUUCGCGUUAUUUCACCACACAGGGCAAACGGUUUCAUCAGUUAGGCAAAAUGUGACAAUAUACGUCUCAGCUACUAUGAUCAGGACGUUGUAAGCCUGUUGGAUCAUGUGGCUAAAUGUUUUGACAUUUCUUAGUGCUGUGCGUAGUGUGAAACAUUGACAUUAGCUAUACGUGUACAUUUCUCACGGACAAGAUAUUUAGUUCAAAAUGGCUCAGCGAAAUCCCACCACUACGGCAACAAACCGAAAGCGAAAUAGGACACUGAACAAUAGCACAGGAAGUUCGUCGGGGUGCUUAACGGAGAAUUCCAGUCGUUUUUUCUCCAGUCGCACGCCGCCCAGUUUCUCCCCUCCUUCGCGGCCUCGACACGACGAAUGGAAACUCGCGUACAGAGAGCUCGCCUACAAGGGGGCCGCGAGACAGGGGAACGAUGACGACUGUCAAACCGGGCCGUGGGAGGCGCUGGGCCGGCCCAACCACUGAGCGACGCUCCAAACACGGCCUGUCAAAAAAGAAAAGACAAUCGUCACGAACAAACCUAGUACAGAAAAGAUCUUCAAAUCACACAGGAAUAGGAAAUCAGAAUUCAUCAACAUCUCAUCGCACAUCCGUUUUCGUAGGAGAAAAUUUCACGGUUUCGUACAGUCAGUGGUUUAUAUUUAACAAACUAGUGAAGGACACCUGCGCAUGUGGAGUAAUAUGUACAACCCUCCAGACCCUGAGGGAGGCCAAACAUAUGAGACUGUCCAUGGACGCUGUUAGACUCCUCUCUGUGCCUAACGCCGGAGGAAGCUCCGUCAUCUCUGAAGUGCUAUCUUACGAAUUAUUGCACACGUGUUUUGGGGCUACAUUGUUAAAGACAGAAAUGGAAGUAUCAUACUUUCCACGUGGGGGUUCCAUUACGGAUUACGUCUGCGGAUUGGCUGGGGUGAAAAUAGGCGUAUCCGUUACCAGGGCGAUGAAAUACCAGGGAAACUACACACAAAACGAUGCAUGCUAUUUGCUCAAGAAGAAACUAUCAGGGAUUGUACAGUCGAGUAGGAACACAUUAGAGAAAUGGAACAAACAAAUUCUUCACGUCUGGACGAGAUCUCGCGAGGACGCAGACCACGUGAAGCAAGCCUUCGACACCAUGGACAGUGCUACGAGAUCAAACACAUUAGUGUUGGUGACCAUAGCAACCGACUGUGACGCUAUCUUUGCGAACAAAUGAUUGGAAGGUUUAGGUGCGCAACGAUUUAUUUCGUCAGUAUUACAUUCUGUAGAACUUCGGACAACUUUUAUAGUCCGCUGACUUAAAAUUUACAGUGUCUAGCGUCAUCACCAUUUAUAUAGUAUUUUCUUUAUUUUUAAAUAUUUUUUCUUUAAAAAAAAUCUUUCUGUAAAUUUGUUAUUGAACAUGUCUAGUGCAAAUAGCUCUGUGAGUAUUUCUUUGUCAAUGGUGCUCGUUGUAAAGAAUCCUGUUUAUAAAUACUUCUGUUUGUGAAUAAUUCCGUUUGUAAUAUUUCUGUUUGUGAAUAAUUCCGUUUGUAAUAUUUCUGUUUGUGAAUAAUUCUGUUUGUAAAUAUUUCUGUUUGUGAAUAGGCCCAAUUAUUUAUGUAUAUAUUUCUGUUUGUGGAUAGGCCUAAUUAUUUAUGUAAAUAUUUCGGUUGUGAAUAGGCCUAAUUAUUUAUGUAAAUAUUUCUGUUUGUGAAUAUUUCUUUUUGUAAAUAUAGUGCUCUUUGUAAACAAUCCUGUUAAUAAAUACUUGCGUUUGUGAAUAAUUCUGUUUGUAAAAAAUUCUUUUUGUUAAGAAUUCUUCUGUUUAUGAAUAAUUAUGUUU